AUGAAAAAAGUCCUCUUACAUGACAGCUCCGAGGCCGCGUUGCCCACCAAUUUGUGCCUGAGCUGGGCACUGGUUCUCGCCCUUUAUACCAACUCUUUCGACGUGCUUUUUGGACUCUUAGAUGACAGAGAGGGUAAGAACAAGGGUGCCGAUGCCAUUGUCCCUUGUCAUCUCACCCUGCAGCCCGAGGAUGUGGUAAGGACUGCAUCGGAGACGGUGGACCAAUAUUGGAAUAUAAGUCGUCAUUUCGAGCAGCAGGGGCUGGAUAAUCUGCGCACUACGAGUGCGGAGGCUACUCGUAUUUGCGACUUCCACAAUAUUCUGGUUAUCCGGCCGUUGGAGGCUCUGGAAGAGACCAGGGCCAUAUUAACUAGCCAAAUUAGCUCCAGUUACCCUCUUGUUUUGACAUGCGGCCUAGACAAUCAAAGGGUGGCAGUUCAUGCAAUGUUUGACUCCGGUGUUGUAUGUUAUGAGCUGGUAGAAUCUAUACUUCACCAAUUUGCAUUUACUCUUGGUCAGGUCAGCACAAACCUGGAAGCACGUCUGGUAGACAUACAAGCCAGCAACCCCGAAGAUCUGGAAAAGAAUGUGGCGUGGAAUAAGCUGAAUGAGGUAGAAAAAUGCACGGAAUGCGUUCAUCAUCUGGUUGAACGUCAUUGUAGGGAGCGGCCCUUUGCGCCAGCCAUUUGCGCAUGGGAUGGAGAGCUCUCAUACGGCGAACUUGACAAGCAAGCGUCUUACAUUGCGGAGCAGCUGUCCAGGGUCGAUGUUGGACCAGAUAAGCUUGUCUUUAUCAUGUCUGAGAAGUCGAAGUGGACACCUGUCGCCAUUCUUGCGUCCCUAAAGGCCGGGGGAGGGUUUUCACUGCUGGAUCCCUCCCAGCCAGCCCAUCGGCUUGCAACACUAUGUGACUUAGCGACGCCUCAGUUAAUCCUUGCCUCAAGGCGACAUUCUGUUAAAGCUUCCCUCCUUGGACCCCCUGUGAUGAUCAUCCAGGAUAUGGGACUUGGAGCCCUCGAUGAGACCUCAGAGAACCCAAAUUCUCCGAUAUUAUCUACGGUUGAGAGCCAUCAUCACACCUUACAUGUGGGCUUUACUUCGGGCUCAACUGGAACGCCCAAAGGGGUGUUGACGGACCACGCCGCGUUUACCAGCGGUCACGACGUUUCUGGGCUUAGCAGAGAGUCUCGGGUGCUUCAAUCGACAUCAUACAACUUUAGUGCCUGCAUGUGGGAGCAUUUAGUAACAUUGACCCGAGGAGCUUGCUUAUGUAUACCAUCUGAAGACCAGUUGGAAAAUGACGUGGAGAGGGCAAUCUGCGAGCUUGGAGUUACUUGGGCUAUGAUCACACCAUCUGUGGCCAGAGUCAUCGAGCCCCAAAAUGCCCCAAGUAUCGAGACCCUGUUUCUUGUGGGCGAGGCAAUAGGACGGCUGGAAAUAAGUAAAUGGGCGGAGAAGGUCGCGUUAUACUCCAUGUAUGCACAGUCUGAGUGCGGCAGUCCCAUCAUGACCAAACGCAUCUUUGGGCCAGAGGAUCUAUCUACGCUUGGCCACCCAGGCUCUGCGGUUGGAUGGAUUGUUGACUCGAUGGACCAUAAUCGAUUGAUGCCUCUGGGAGCGGAAGGGGAGCUGGUUCUUCAAGGACCGUGCCUGGCAAGGUCUUAUGUGAACAACGCAGAACAAACAACGACAACAUUCAUCGCAGAUCCUGCGUGGGCCCGCCAGGUAGGUAUGGAUACACCGAAUCGGUUUCUGAAGACCGGCGAUGUUUUUUCCCGCAGUCCGAUUGAUGGAUCGUUCCAGUUCCGGGGGCGCAAGGGGGGGAAAGUUAAGAUCCGCGGUCAGAGAAUUGAACUCGCUGAGGUCGAAUAUCAUUUACGCAGCCAGUUUCCGCAAGUGCCUCAUGUGGUUGCGGAGAUCGUUCGCCCGAGCGAUAGUGACUCUCAGUAUGGCAUGCUAGUCGCUGUUAUUCCAAGCCGUGCUUCUCCAAGUGAUGGAACCCCCAAUAUAUGCAGACUCCUUCCACCGGAUAAAAAGUUCCUACACCAUGCGCAACGGGCCUUGGAUCAGCUGAGCAAGGGACUGCCUACGUAUAUGAUACCGAAUUCUUUCAUAUCGGUUGAGAGUCUCCCCCGGACAGCUUCAGGGAAGCUUCAUCGGAGACUAUUGGCCGAGACACUUUCACAACUGUCUCGAAAAGAAAUCCUGGCCUAUAUGACUCUCCCCAAGGUCUACCGGGCCCCGAGCACAAUAACCGAAGCAACCUUGCAGUCCGUGUGUGCAAGGGUCUUGUCCAUAGAACCUGAAGAGAUCGGCAUGGACGAUAAUUUUCUAGGGUUAGGGGGAGAUUCGCUCUCAGCACGCCAGAUGGUAACAUUUGCACGAGCAGAGGGACUUUCCAUCACAGUUGCCGAUUGCCUUCAACAAGCCAACCUAACCUCACUCGCAAAUUGCGCUCAAGAUUCUCGCUCGUUGCAUGUCAAGCCCGUUCCUAUUAGAAAAGAUCCGGACCCCUUUAACUCGCUGAGAGAAGACUUCUUGCAUGAUCUCCCCCAGACGCUGACCACUGAUAUGAUCGAAGACAUUGCUCCAGUGCGUGAGGCACAGUUGUUCCUCGUCCAGUACCGGAUAAUAGACUACCUGCUUAUCCGGAUAUCAGGGCUACUUGACCCGGUCAAACUACGCCGGGCUUGUGAAAGCCUGGUAAAAAGCCAUACCAUGCUGCGGACCAUCUUUGCACGCGUCAAAGACGAGCACGUGCAGGUUGUUUUGCGAAAUGUGGAAGUUCCAUGGGAGGCCUUCACAGCAUCCACAGAUAGCUAUGAUCCUGAUAUGUGGGCGCAUUCUCAAUGUGCAGACGACCGCAAAACGCCCGCUCCAACGAAUGGGCCGUUCUUGAAGUUUAUACUACUACAGGAUGACCGGACCCGACAACAUACGCUUAUUAUGCGGAUCAGCCAUGCCCAAUUUGACGGACUCUGCUUGGAGAAUAUUCUACAGGAUUUCGCAAAGUUGUAUGAAGACCAGCCGCUCAGGAUCCAAAGUACCUACGCGGACUAUGUUCGAAAAUGCGCCGAGAUGCGUACCGAGGGAGCUUUACGAUUCUGGAGCGACCUCCUGGCCGGCUCGACACCGACAAGCCUUCCUCUUACCCCGUCAAUGGACCAUACUCAAGAGGAGGCGUGUGUAGUGGCCGCGCAAGACAUCCCCAUAGCCAUUCCGCCGCCUUCGGGCGCAACCUGGGCUACCGUGGUAAAGGCAGCCUGGUCGUACGUCCUCUGGCAGAAAACCGGCAAAGACGACCUCACCUUCUGCCAGAUGGUCAACUGCCGUUACGUCGACGUCCCCGAGCCAGAGCAAAUCCUUGGGCCGUGUUUGAACCCUAUUCCCGUGCGGGUGAAAUACGACGCCUCCUGGACGGUGAGGGAUCUCCUGGGUGCUGUGCAGAACCAGCACAUAGCGUCCCUGGAGUACCAAACGCUGGAAUGGACGGAUAUCGUCUCCAACUGUACGGAGUGGCACAGUGAUACGGAGAUUGACUCGAUUGUCCUGCACGAGAAUAUCAACGCCAGUCCGGCUGCACAAGUUGGCGAAGCUGUCUGGCGAGUUUCCGCGCAUAGCGUCGACAACCCCCCGGAACGGACCAUAUACCUUUAUACUUACCCGGAACAGGAUUCCCUGUAUGCGGUUCUUAUACUAUCCAGCAAGUUUGGAGGAAAGGCAGAUGCCGAAGGUCUGGUGAAGAGCUUUUGCUCCGCCGUGGCAUUAUUUGUGAAUAGUCCGGACACUUUGCUCUGUUCACUGUGA